UUAUAAAUAAUUGUAAUGUUUGUUGUGAUUAAUAGCAGUGUAGGAUGUGUAACUGAAAAAGUUAUCACAAGUACUGGCGUUCCGAUCGUGACGUCACGGCGUCCCUACGUCUCCAAACAUCCGGUCAUGGUUUCAACGUUUCGGCGAACUGAAAAAUAUCGAGACAUCUCUAUGGAGACUGAAGCAGCUCAGCCAGAGGAGGGGCCCAAAGCGGCUGCCCCGGCCCAAACAAAAAAGCCCACCAUGGAAAUCCACGUGCCCAAGAAAGGCCAGGCCGAGAAAAUCGAGAAGCCUCAGACAGAUGGUGACAAGAAAUCCAGACCCAGGCCCCGGUACACCGACAAGGCCCGCAAGAACAAGAAGGAUAAAGCCAAAGCGACAGAGACUCCAAACGAAGUAAAGCAGCAGGAGGGAGAUAAAGAGAACCUGAACAUGCACACAGAAAAAGAGGAGGAGUCUAGAGAUGACACGGACUGUGUAUCCAAAACUAUGAACACACCGGAGGACACGGGUGGUGCACUAGAACAUGACGGGGUGCCAGACGAGAAGGAGGAGGAGGAGGAGAACUGGGAUUCUUUGUUUAAUGAUGAUGGUGACUGUCUUGACCCACAUUUAAUGGAGGAGAUGUCUCUUACGGAGGGCGGCAAGAAGCCGUCUGUACGGGAGGCGCGCUCCGACUACUGUAAUUGGACGCCGGAGGAGGAAGAGGAGGUGGAGCUUCGGGACGAUGAGCUGUCACACAUCGUCGAGAUUUACGAAUUCCCGUCCGAGUUCAAGACGGAGGACUUGAUCAGAUCCUUCAGCUCGUUCCAGCAGAAGGGGUUUGACAUCAUGUGGAUUGAUGACACGCACGUCCUCGGCUUGUUCUCCAGUCCCAUCGCAGCUCGUGAUGCUCUGAGGAUGAAGAACCCCAUGAUGAAGGUCAGGCCUCUCUCCAAAUCAUCAAACGCCACUAAAGCCAAAGCGCGCAGCUGCUCCGAUUAUCUGCUGCCGGCUAAAGAGCGUCCUCAGACGAGCGCGGCUCUGGCACGCCGCCUGGUGAUCGGGGCUCUGGGUGUGAAGAGUAACCAGACCAAAGAAGAGCGAGAGGCCGAGAGGAACAAACUACGGCAGGCAAAAGAACAAAAGCGUUUGGCUGCUAAGCAGCGUGAAGACGCCUGGGAGGGCAAAUGAAGACGUGUUUGUGUUUAUGUGAAUUAUGGAGCAUUUUGAUUUGAUCAUCAGUUCAGGUCUGAAGGGGUUCAUCUGUGGGUUCGGAUCUCACAUCCCCCUCCUGCAGGACUACUGCCAAACCAGCACAGACUGAACCAAAGCCACAAGAACAGGGAAACGGGUUCAUCGAAUCAAAGUGUGAGGGUCACACAAACUCCAACAGGGACGUUUUGUAAUUUUAUAUCUCUCCUCUUGAGAUUGGUUUUGAAUUGUGAGCUUUGCCCUGUAAAUGUUCAUGAUUGUUUUUAGUUUUAGAAAGGCCAUUUUAAUGUAUUUUUGUUAAAGAAGGUUUUUCUUUUUCUUUCUUUUUUGGUGACUUAAACAAACCAGAUCACGUCAGUGUGAUUUCACUUUCCUUAUUUUGGUUUUCAUUUUUUACUUCAGUAAAGAGAAAAGUCGACACGGAGAGCUGAUGAUGUCUUUCAUGCCAUUUUAAAUUUCUUUUAUUUUUUAUGAGUGAAUCUCAGAAUCUGUCAACUCAAAAUAAAAAUGAAAUGGGAAUGUUUUUUUUAUUAGGUCAAGCAUCAUGGUAGUACUUGUAAACUGCAGAUUUUUCAAUGACAAGUUUAAUUACAGUGACAAUUUUGUAGAUUGUAACUGAGACUAAAGUGCAUUGUGAGUAUUCUAUUUAAUUCCAGUCAACUCAUUUGCAAAUCAUCAGCACAUUCUAACAGAACUUUUUUCCUUUUUUUGUUUAUGUUCUUUCAUUAUUACUGCAAAUAUUGUGCUGUUAGCGUUUAUCUCCAAAAGAUUUCGGACAGACACACUGAAGAGUCUGUAGUUCUCUGAUGUUGUUGCACUUGAUUUCCCAGCUGUGAUUGAAUAAAAAUGUUCAACUCUU